GUAAACAGUUCUCGCGUACUGCUCAGUGUCGCCUGAUUUCGAAUCACUUCGAAAAUGACUUAUGAUUUAAAAAUCGAUUAACGUUUUAAUUUAAAACUCAUUAAAUAAUCCAUGGCGGGGUUCAGAAAAACAGUGCUUAUUGAAGUUUCGAUUGAGAGAGUCUCGUCAACAAGUAAAGCAAUAACACCAUUUCCCUUUGCUUGAAAUAUCCAUUCAGGGCUUUCAUUUCUCAACUAGCCAAAUCAAAUAAGGUAGCGAGUCGUUCGGUAGGAGUUUUCUCUGAAACAAUUUUAACGCAUAGUAAAGAACAGCUUUUAGGUUAUUCCUUUACAAUUUGGAUUUGAGAGGAGGAGAUUUAUUAAACAUCAGCGAGGAAGGACUGUGUUUUCUUCAACACAUAAAACCUUUCUGCGAAUGGUGAAGGAGAGAUUCGCACUGGAUAGAAGAUCAGCCCUCUUAGUGUUUCGUGUUUGUUCUUAAUCAUGAUUCAGUUCAAAUUAACAAAAGCUUCCAUUUAGAUUCACAAAGGUGGAGGCUAAAGAGAGAAUUAGCGCAAACAAGCUAUCUUAGAGUCAAUGCGCGUAAACCGUAAUUUUUUUUUUUGACUUAGCACUGAGUCAAGUUUUCACCUGGGCACCAAAAGGAAGGAAAGGAUUAAGGUUUAUUUGAAAUGCACAGGAAUAGUAAUGGUUCCAAACAUUUCUUACGAGGAACGAUGAUUCUUGAAAGCGAACACAAAAAGGUGAGAUUAUGACUCAUCUAUUGGGAGUGACUAACGAAAUAAACACAUGCGUUCACAAAGGCUCGAACAAAAGCAUUUCAAUUUACUUUUUAACCAAACAAAACUACCACAGGGUACAUUUUUACGCUAACAGUUCUUAUUCGGUUACCGUCCGUAGCAUGGACCCCAUAAAAGACGAAGGAAGAAAUAAUAAUGGCAACUCGCCUCCGCGCGGUCUCACUCUAUGUACAAUAGUGGGUUUGCAUGAUGAACGACACUUAAAGGACUAUUACUCUGAAUGUUAAUAGAAUAUAAUAUUUGUGUACCGACAUAUUUGUUGUAUGCUGCGCUAUUUGCAAAAGGGCUAAUCGGAAAAAAAAGGGCAUGUAUACUCAACUCGUAAAAUGUGCGAUGUGGAGAAGCCAAAUUUAAAGCAGUGAUCUGGUGCUGAUAGUCUUUUGUAACACCUCUCAAUAGAACAUGACUUUGCUGCUCACUUUUAGAACUCUUUAGUUGCUUUUUAAUUAUCAACUCUGUGGGCCAUAGUUACAAAGCCCUCGUCCUGUGUUGUAACACGCAGUCCAAAUUGUUUCUUGAGGAUAUUUUUCUAAGUGUUUGAUUUUUCCCUCGUGUCUUAGAAAUAUCUAGAAAGUUCUCUUUUAUUGCACUAUUCUUUUCGUAGUCCGCCCCAAAAAACAUGAACUUUUAACCCUGAGUUUUUCCUCUUUUUCACUGAAAUUUUAAUCAAGGGUGUGUAAACAAUGUGAAUGGACAUAAAUACUUCGUGAUUUACAUGACAAUGACAGAUAUUUCAGUGAAGGUGACGCAAUUUUCACACAAGGAAUGGAGCCAAUUGGUCGUGACAAUACUCGAAGUGAACGUCUUGACUUUGCAUAUUUAAUGAGUGCACCUGCAGAACAAUUAAUGUAGCUUUAAUUUACAAACGUCUAACACACCGAUACAGCGUCAGUAAAUAGUCCCUUCAAACGGCAUAAAUAGCGUGUGACUUUGGCACAGAACUGAAUAUAUCCGAACGCCUUUGUCGUCAGAGGACGAGUGCGCGGAGAACGUACUGCGAAAUUAUCAAAGUGAACAUUUGGCACAGUUUUCCUCCGCCUUAGGGAUUUUUCUUGCACAUCUUUGCCGUUUACAUUUAUUUUUUCGAAUUUCUAAAUGUUGGAUUCGGGAAUGGCCGCGAAAUCGAAGUUUAACGAUCCACACCUGGUUAACUUAUCGGAUGAUGGUCGUGCUGUCAGCCGAAAGGAAGAUCAAUCCACAGCUGGAAGUUCUCUUCUAAACUUUAUGAACUUGGCGUCCGGGAACGUAAAGACCGCCUUAGAAAAACCAGCCAACUUUAAAAGGAACAUUAACCACCGCAGGUAUCUUCAAAAACAGCUGCGGAAUUAUUCAAAGCGGAAGAACGACAUAACCACAAAGAAACCCAAAGACGUUCUUAAGCAUAAAACUCACAGCUUACACGGUGACAAACAUGGCACGUCGAGGAAUUCUUCAAGGCAAGAAGGGAGUUCUAAAAGAUCUGAACGGACUGUAGAAGCUGUCAACUUCGAGAAAUCCUCACUUCGGGAAAGGAACCUUCCCCCUUCAUUCUGGCAGGAACCUGUCAUUCCAGACGGAACAGAGACGUACAUGUAUCCAAUGUAUCCCUUGCAAGCCAGGGCCGGAGAAUCGGAAGACCCUUACAACCCCGUUUUCGAAAGUUACUUCGAAGGUUGGAACGAAUGUUUAACAAGGGAAAUCCCCGUUGAAGAACUGUCACAAAGUGGAUCUGCACUUUCUGUUUCAUCCGAAGAAACCAAUUGUGAUGAUUUCAUGACGGGAGAAGAACUUACUCGUAGUAUUGACAUUAAAGAUCUGUAUGUACCCGAACUUUAUUUAACAGAUAAAAGCCCGCUAGAGUCAUCUCAAGGGGAGAGCCUUUACCUGGCACCUAUCUCACCCACUCAGUAUGUCCUGACUCCUACAUCUUGCUCAGAUCAGGCAUAUUUUAAUUUUUCGUUUGAUCACGACCCAUCGGGUUUACCGCCAUUUGCCAUGGCUUUUCUUAGUCCGGGUACCCUAACGCAAUACUAAUCUUCGUUCGUCAUAGAUCUAAUGUCACAUAAAAUAGGUGACAAUUAUGAAAAAAAUUGUGGUCAUAGUAUUAAUGUCUACUCCACGGACAAGGAUCACUGGGAAGGAAGUUUUCUUAAGACAACAGCUUCGUUUCGCAGGUUUUCCUGUAAAUACUGCUUAUUUAGAUAGUUUUUAAUAGAAUAUAUUUUCAUGAAACCGAGAUGACUGUGCCUUUUGCAAUAUUUUGAAGAACGUGCAGUUUUACUGAAGAGAAGGAAAGUGACAAUACUUUGGACUAACAUGAGAUCGAAGGUAAUUAAUUCGUUAUUGAAAUUAUGCUUCCACGUCUACUCUGUGUUAUAGUAUUUAGAGAGGAUAAAUAAAUCUUUGAGAAACAAUCUUCAAAAGG